AUGCCACUUCCUGCAUUACAACAACCUUCUCAGGCAGAGGACCCUAAUGGAGUGGAGCGACAUUCGUCCUCUCAAUGGAGGGUUUUUUUCCUCAUCUUUCACAAGGUAGCCCGGAAGUCUUAUUCUACGCUGGAAAGAAUCGUCACCGAUGGUGAGAUAAGAAAGAGAAAGUACAGUCCGAUUGCAAAGAAGCGAAGGACAUGGGCUAUGACCUUGAGGAGCCUGUCAGGCUGA